AUGACUUCACUAACAACAAAUGGUAUUUCAUAUAAAGCCGAGGAUGGUAGUACUAUACCGGAAAAUCACCUCAGUACACCUACCAAGGGAAAUCCCAAUGUUGAUAGAAUAUUGAUGGCACCAAUAAACGAUCAAAACUCAAGUUCUACUCUGAAUAAAGUUAAUAAUCACAAAGCACAAGAAAUAAUCGAUUCACUUCAGCAGAUAAAAGAUUUGGAUUUAUUCCUAGUAACUGCACCUGUUAACUGGCAUGAAAAUCAAGUUAUCAGAAGAUAUUUUCUAAAUAAGGAAGAAGGCUUUGUUUCUUGUGUAUAUUGGAAUAACCUCUACUUUAUUACAGGAACUGAUAUUGUUCGUUGUAUUGCCUAUAAAAUGAGUCAUAUUGGUCGUCAAAUUGUUGAUAGGAAGAAAUUUGAAGAGGGCGUGUUUUCAGAUCUAAGAGCACUGAAAACAGGCUCCCAUGCUGUUUUAGAAAAUUCAAGGUCUCCGUUUCUAAAAUUUCUACAUCGAAACCAAUGUUUAAGGACUCAAAAGAAACAAAAGGUAUUUUUUUGGUUCAGUGUCCCUCAUAAUAAGCUAUUUACCGAUGUGCUAGAGAGAGAUCUGAAGAGAGAGUUGGCUAAUCAACCUGCAACUACCAUACCGGUGAGUGAUGUGUUCAAAAGCUUCAGCUAUGACCAAUCAAUACCCCUUUUAGAACAACUAUCAUCACAUUUCUCCUCUUAUUUAGGUAAAGACGUUAGCAAUUUAAUAAUGAAAACCAACUCAAUUAUCUCCUCCACUAGUAAUAUAGAUAAAAAACCUCCUCUUAAGAGCAGUCACUCAGACAAUAAAACUCCACCGCAAGAAGAGAGAUCACAAGAACAACAACAGCAUUUUCAUUUGGAUAAACAAGUAUCUGACGAUUUUCCUCUGGACUUUUUAGAAUCAAAUAGUAUUUUGAAUGCCAAUUAUAUCACAUCCAUUUCCCCUAUUCAGAACACAAAAGGCUAUAGUCACUCGAAUUAUCAAGAACAAGCAUGUUCAUUUGAGGAGUCAUCGCUCUCACCGAGAAACAAUUCACAAUAUCAAAUAUUACAACAAACGCAACCAUUGCUUCAACAACAGCAAGAUCAAUACGAUGGGUUUUUAUUGAGUUCUUUCAACCAGCAAAUCUUUCUGAAUAAUGCUGGUCAGCAGCCACUUCAAUCUGGUAACCAACCUAUGUUCAUACUAAGUGGAUUACAGUCAGCUAUUGACCCUUCAAACACAUUAUCUAAGCCUCAAUGUCACGGACGAGGUUCACCAAUGAGUAAUAGCUUCUCGCAAUUUGUUCCUGUCAUUCCAACCCCGCUAAUCUCUUCGUGUCCAUCUAGUAUGUUGUUCAAUGGCGAUAAGUAUGUAGGAAUCGAUCAAGUUUUAACGGGUAAUGAUACCGAUGAUUUGAAUCACCAGCAAUUCAUCCAAAUUAAAGCCCAGUCGCCAUCAAUACCAUCGGCCACCGCCACAUAUAUGAACCUUCCAUCAUCCAACCUUAUUCCAAUUUCUCUGCCUCUCCAUGCUGCAUCUGCUAAACAAAAUAAUCAGGACUGUGAUAAUCAAGACGAUCAUCUUGAAAGCAAAAUAGAUGGAAGCAAUAUUGAGCAUGAUGAUGAAACUAGCAGAAAGACAACUGCGGGAGUGCACCACCAAGGCGAAAAUGAAAAUGAAAGCAGUGAUUUUUUCUAUCCCGAUCAACGCCAAGACCUCAUAGCCCUAAGUAUGCCAACAAACAAGAUGAGUUUUGGGUCUUUUGGUGGACAAUUAUUUACACCAGGAACGUUGGGCGUGGAAUUUAAUAUGGAAAAUCAACUUUUGGGUACAGAUAUCGGUAUUUCGCCAGUAAUCGGAUUUAAUAGUGGUAUGUUAUCAGCCAUUCAAUAUCACCCCAAGAAGCCCCUUUCAAGACAAGGGGAAACCCUAUCUGAUGAUGAAAGUACACAUAAAGAGCACGUUGAAAGUAAACAUAAUACAAUUAUAGAAAAUGUUAGAAAUUCAAAAGUCACCAAACCUGGCCGUCGAUCACGUAAGAAAUUUUUAAAUCCAACGUUACAGCAUUUGGAUCUAGACUCUGAUAAUGAUGAUGUAGAUGUAGAAGAUAAAUCUUGA